CGCAUAGAGUCAGAGAAGUGACUCACAUAUGAUGAGUGAAAACAGCUGACUCAUCUACAAACUUCAAAAUUAAUACAUAGGCGUUGAGUCCAGACUCCAGAAUGUUAUAGUAGAGAUAAAAGAAAAAGAUAAAUCAAUAUUGUGAGAGAAAAUAUGACCCAGGUCACUGGAAAAGUGUGUGUGACAGGAGCCGGCGGCUACCUUGGCUCUUGGGUUGUCAAGCAUCUUCUCUCCAACAACUACACAGUCCACGGCACCGUUAGACAACCUGGGGAUGCCAAAUAUGCCCAUUUGAAUCAACUUGAGAGAGCAUCUCACAACCUCCAACUCUUCAAGGCUGAUGUUCUGGAUUACGAUUCUCUUUGUUCCGCCAUUACAGGCUGCACCGGUGUCUUCCAUGUUGCCUCUCCCGUUCCCUCCACCAUCGUUCCUAAUCCCCAGGAGGAAGUGAUUGAACCGGCUGUAAAGGGCACACUUACUGUGCUUAAAGCAUGUGUUGAAUCCAAUGUUAAACGAGUUGUUGUUGUGUCUUCUGUGACUGCUGUUUCCUUGAACCCUAGGUGGCCGGUGGGUCAGAUCAAGGAUGAGGCUUGCUGGUCUGACAAGGAAUACUGCGCAGCAACAAAGAAUUGGUAUUGCCUUUCAAAGACAGAAGCAGAGAGUGAGGCUUUUGAGUUUGCAAAAAAGUCUGGACUUGACGUUGUUACUGUUUGUCCUACUCUCAUAUGGGGGCCACUUCUGCAGUCCACCAUCAAUGCUAGUAGCAAGGUUCUCAUUAAUCUUUUAAAAGAGGGAUACGACACUCUGGAAAACAAACUUCGAAAGAUAGUUGAUGUGCGCGAUGUAGCUCAGGCACUGCUUCUGGUGUAUGAGAAGCCAGCGGCUGAAGGAAGGUACAUAUGCACGGCUCACACGAUCAAGGCACGUGAUCUUGUUGAUAAGUUGAGAAGUAUGUUUCCUCAAUACAAUUAUCCUAAAAGCUUUACUGCGGGAGGGGAGGAAGAUACGGUUAGUUCAGAGAAAUUACAAAGGCUGGGGUGGAGUUAUCGGCCAUUGGAAGAAACUCUUGUGGAUUCCAUUGAGAGCUAUAAGAAGGCUGGAAUCUUGGAUUAAUAUAUAAAACAGCCUUUUGGUUGUGAUUUUAAUUUCUGUUCACUAUGUGCUCUAGUUUCCUCCUGGUCGCAUGAGAUUGCCCACUUGUUGUGUUCAACAUUUUCAAAAUAAUAAUGUCAUACAACUUGCAUUUCUUUCAUGCUAAACAUUGUGACUAUCUAAAUAAACAGAGAGAUAGUUUACAUGUUUAUGGAUAUAACUAUUUUUAUUUUUGAAAGGUUGAAGAAAACAGUAGAAGUUGGGUUGGAUAA